UCGUUCGUCUGUCUGACUUGUGCAAUGUCUUGUGUUGUGGCCGUGCGCCUGCCUGCAGCUGCGAUAGCAUAGCGUUAUAAAAAUCGGAAUCGUAUUAUUUGCUCUCUUUUAGUUUUUUAUAAAUCAGAGUGUAACUCAAUAAUAUGCCAGAAAGCAAUUUAGUUCAAUGUUAUAAUCGUGGUUGUGGUCAACAAUUUGACCCCAAUAACAAUGAAAAAGAUGAAUGUUGUCAUCACCCUGGAUCCCCGGUCUUCCAUGAUGCCUAUAAGGGAUGGUCUUGUUGCAAUAAGAAAAGCGUGGAUUUCACAGAGUUCUUAAACAUCAAAGGCUGUACUUUAUCGAAACACUCUAAUGUGAAACCUCCAGAGCCGGAAAAGAAAGUGUUGGAUAAAGAACUACAAGAGAAAGAAGUGAUUGAGGUUCGAGCACCUAUUGUGCAACACUUGCCGAGACCGCCAUUUGAUACUCCACUUGUUCAACUGGAAGCAAGAAUUGCAGAUUCAUUGAAAGAAAUUGUCCAGAAAACAAUACAAAAAGUGGCUUCUUCUGAUGAUGGUACUGUAACCAUUGGCACAACAUGUAAAAAUGGAGGCUGCAAUGUUUCAUAUGAGGGCCCUCAAACAAAUGAGGGAGUGUGUACUUAUCACCCUGGGUGUCCAAUAUUCCACGAAGGUCUCAAGUUCUGGUCCUGUUGCCAGAAAAGGACCACUGAUUUCAACACCUUCCUCAAUCAGCCAGGAUGUACUACUGGUUUUCACAAAUGGACUAAAGAAACUUCAACAGCUGGUACAGUGAAAUGUCGCUGGGACUGGCAUCAGACACCAGAACAUGUCAUUGUCAGUGUUUACGCUAAGAAAUAUGACCCACUCUCCAGUUUCGUUAAGUUGAAUCCUAUUCGAUUGAACACAAAGUUGGUUUUCAAAGAAGAAGGUGAUGCAGUGUUUGAAUUGGAUCUGGAGUUGAGAGGUAUUGUCAAAGUAGAAAGCAGCUGCGUGUCAAUGACGCCAUCAAAAGUGGAAAUCAAACUGAAGAAAGCUGAACCUGGUGCUUGGAGCAAGCUUGAUUUCCCUAAAACUGAACCAAAAAAGGAGACUACACCAAACACUCCACAAAUAUCUUCAAAGGAUGAUGAUUGUGUGGACCUCUCCACUGUUGAAGCCAUACAGUCUAUUGGAAAAGUUAAUGUAACAGAUUAAACGGAAAUUAUAGGCAAAGACAUUAUGAUAUUUCUUGUUCUUUCAAAGAUCUUGAAAUUGUGAAAGAAUCCCACGUGAUGAACUAUGCCUUGUCACCAUUUCUAUGUAUGUAUAUAGCAUCUUUUGCAUGUUUUUUCAAUUGUGAUUAUAAAAGCACAUUAUCUCUAUGUAAUUUUAUUACAUCAGGAUAUGGAAAUAAAACGUGCUUCAGAAUA